AAGAAAGGGUAUGUUUGGUAAUACCUUAUUCCAAGGGCAUUCCCGAACGGGUCCUUUCUAUUUUCCACUCUCUAGACUAAACUCCACUCUUCUUCUUCUUGUGAGCACUUCGAUUACCGUCGUUCCCAAUUCCUUUUUCUCCUCUCACAUCAAUUUUCCAUUUAUCGCUAAUUUUCGAUUUUGCGUCACUUGAUUCCAAUUCCACCAAUAAGGUUUUUAGGUUUUGUUAUCGAUGAAGAUCGAGGAAUUGGAUGAUGCUGAGUGUAGUAGGGUAGAAGACGAGAGCUUGGAGAGACAAAUUGUUAGGGUUGAUGCGAAGAGAGCGUUGGUAGGAGCAGGUGCACGGAUUCUGUUUUAUCCUACACUUUUGUAUAACGUGCUUCGUAAUAAAAUGGAAGCUGAGUUCAGAUGGUGGGAUCAAAUUGAUGAGUUUUUGUUGCUGGGUGCAGUACCGUUUCCUAAAGAUGUUCCUCAUUUGAAGAACCUCGGUGUUGGCGGUGUAAUUACAUUGAAUGAACCAUAUGAAACUUUGGUACCAUCGUCAUUGUAUCGUGCUCACGGGAUCGAUCAUUUGGUAAUUCCCACGAGAGAUUAUCUCUUUGCUCCCUCAUUUGUGGAUAUCAACCGGGCUGUGCAGUUCAUUCAUAAUAAUGCUACAUGUGGUAAAACAACUUAUGUUCACUGUAAAGCUGGGCGUGGGAGGAGUACAACAAUUGUGCUUUGUUAUUUGGUUGAAUACAAGCACAUGACUCCGGCUGCUGCCCUGGAGUAUGUGCGGUCUCGAAGACCUAGAGUGCUACUAGCACCAUCACAGUGGAAGGCUGUUCAAAGUUAUAACAAUCAAAGACAUUCUCCUUUACCACACUCUCCUUCUGGAGACACAGUUCUCAUAACCAAAGAUGAUCUUGAAGGCUAUCAUAGCACAUCUGAUACAAGUAUGGAGCUGGCAAUCGUUCCUAAAGUGCCAAAGGCUAAGCCCAUGAUAGCACGACUAUCUUGCCUAUUUGCAUCCUUAAAAGUAUCCGGUAGUAGCGUCCCAAUGACAAGGCGGCUUCCAGUUUCAGAGUCGCGGGCUUGCUAAGCCAGCUUGACACUGAUGUGUCAUGCAUGGUGGCCUGUACAGAAGAUGGUUAUGGAAAUAAGUGAAUAAUUUCCCACGAAGUCGGUACAAUUGUGUUUAAGAGAGGGUCCACAGUAAGAAAGAGGGAAGAUGAUGUUUACAUGUUAAAAGAGAAACAUCAUGUAGUUAUCUACUUAAUCUUGUACAUAUAUUUUUUUUCCUUUUGUGUGUUUGUAAAUCCAAGUGAAAUCGUUGUUCAUGUUUAAAACAUUGGUGUGAAAUCAACAUAAUUGUUGGUUGCUAAA